UCCUUUUCCUCUCUCCUCCAUUUCCAAGUCUAUAGUGAUCUCCUCGGAGACAAGUCUCAAUUUCAAUAAAUAAAUAUAUAUAUUUUUUUCCACCAAAAAUGGCAAACCCUAGAGUUUUCUUCGACAUCUCUGCAGGUGGAAAUCCACUCGGCAGAGUCAUUAUGGAGCUGAGAGCUGACGUCGUCCCCAGGACAGCAGAGAACUUCAGGCAGCUGUGCACAGGGCAGCAGGGCUUUGGCUACAAAGGCUCCACUUUCCACCGUGUCAUCCCUAACUUCAUGUGCCAGGGUGGAGAUUUCACCAACCACAACGGAACCGGCGGUAAGUCCAUCUACGGACAUAAAUUCGAGGAUGAGAACUUCUCCCUGAAGCACACGGGGGCCGGAUGCCUGUCUAUGGCCAACGCUGGACCCAACACCAACGGCUCGCAGUUCUUCAUCUGCACGGCGAACACCAGCUGGCUGGACGGGAAGCACGUGGUCUUCGGGCAGGUGGUCGAUGGUUUGGAUGUCAUUAAGAAGGUCGAGAGCCACGGCAGCAACAGCGGCAAAACCAGCGCCAAGAUCCUCAUCGCUGACUGCGGACAGCUCUAGACGCGUCUGGGUCCGCCACUUAGGCUCCGCCCCUUUCCCCCUGCACACCCCCUACUCUCUUAGUCAGCUUGAAACACCAGUGAAAACAUGACAUUCCCGUCCUGCUCCGUCUCCCGCUUUAACCGCAGUCUCUUUCGCCUGUCCACCGUUUUUUUUUUUUUCGACGAGUUGCCUUCUUCCUUUUUUUUUUUUCCUUCAUCGGAUUUCAUUUUCAUUUGCAAACAGAAGCCGUGGGCUGUGAAGGUUUGUGUGUCAGAAUCUGAAAAUAAAAAAAAAAGAAGGGGGAACAACGACAUCGUGAGAUUUCUCACUUUUUCUUUGCUCCUGUGUGCUAAAAUGGGUGGUUCGAUCCUAGCUCAUAAAUUUCCUACACUAGCUAGGAACUUUCUCAGCUAGCCGAUAAAAUUCCAUUUCAGUACGAUAGGGCAGGAGAAUCGCGAGGGCGAAGCAAUUCGGCUAAAUUAUCGACCUUUUUCUCUGAAAUGUCAGACAAGAAACGGUGUUUUGGGUUUGUUUUCCUUUUCCUUUUUGUCAUCCUUCAGUAAUGCUUCCUGACCAAUCAGGUUACAAAAAAAAAAAAAAAAAAAAUGGACAAAGUGCAUUUAUAUCUUCUUGGUAAACGAAUAGAAGGAGAUGAAGGCCAUGUUGGUUGCGUUUUGGUUGCCAGUACGUUUGCAUACUUGAAUAAUUAAUUACACCACACAGUAAAAAGCCAACGAGCA